AUGUCAAGCGUCGAGCUUGUGACACUUGAGGAAGGAAUCACCACCAGAGGAUUACAGUCACGUUCCGACAACCAAAAGCCGCUCGCCGAACGGUGCUACGAUCGGCGGGUUAAUGACUCCCCUGAUAACGCAUCGAGAAUCACUAGCGAUACGCUAGACACUUCGGAGGAAGACGGCGACGAUGCCCACGACGAAUACCCUGAAGGUGGUUGGCAGGCAUACCUAGUUGUGCUUGGGGCCUUCUUAGGCUGCUUGGUGAACCUAGGGGUGAUCAACUCGAUUGGUGCCGUACAAAUGUGGGUACUGCAGCAUCAGCUUGUCAAAUACCUGGCGCUGACGAUCUCGUGGGUGUUCUCCAUUUACUUGGCGUUGUCGUACCUGUUGGCGGUUGUGUCGGGUCCGCUUUUCGACAGAUACGGCCCUAGAUGGGUCAUGUGGACGUCGACGGCGUUGAUUUUUUUGGGGAUGAUGCUGGUGGCCAAUAGUGAGGAGAUCUGGCAGUUCAUCUUGGCGUUUAUUGCUUUAGGGUUGGGUAACGGCCUUGGAAUGAGCCCCAGUAUUGGUAUCAUCACCCACUGGUUUAUGAAGAAGCGGGGCCUAGUGCUUGGUAUCGCUACCAGUGGCGGUUCCGUGGGUGGGUUGGCGUUCCCGUUGAUGUUACGUUACGCUUACGCCAAGUACGGCUUCGUGUGGGCUAUCCGGAUCUUUGCCUUCACAACAGGCGGGUGUAUGGUGAUUGCUUCUUUGUUGUGCAAAGAGCGUUUCCGCUCAGCCAAGAAAGUCCAUGAUCCCAAUCCGACACCAUCGACGACGAAAGCCAACAUGUUUCUGCUUGCUUCCAUGAAACAGCUGAUUGCUAACUUAAAUUUGGACAGAAACUAUUGCGUGCUCGUGGUCGCUGCCUUCUUCGGGGAGAUCUCUCUUAUCUUGAUUGUCACAUACUACGCAACAUACAGUGUGGCCAAAGGUGUUUCUGAGUCCACAGCAUUGCUCUUGUUGACAGUGUGGAACGCUGCCGGUAUCCCCGGUAGAUGGAUCCCCGGGUGGUUGUCCGAUUACAUGGGUCGUUUUAAUAUGAACUUCUUGAUGGUAGCGUUGUAUGCCAUUUUCAUUUGGGUUUUAUGGUUCCCCUUUGGCGGCCACUUGGGAGCUUUAUACGCCUUUGCCGUGAUGGGUGGGUUCUUUUCUGGAUCCAUCCUUUCAUUGUUGCCUGCUUGUGUUUCGCAAAUCACGCCGGUGAGAGAUAUUGGAAAGAAGUAUGGCUUGAUGAAUGGUGUAUUGUCGAUUGCUAAUUUGUUCGGUGUACCCAUUGCAUCUGCAAUCAUCCACAAAGGUACACUGCUGGACUAUGACCACUUCGUGAUCUUUGUGGCGUGCUUGGCCACUUGUGCUGCCAUCUUUUGGGGCGUUGAUCGUUGUCUUGUAGGGGGUAUCAAGCCCACCACGAAAGUAUAG